GAAUCAUAUCGGUGGAUCUUGCCACCAUCUCCUGGUAAAACAUUGUAGUGCAAGCUAAUCUGUCCAGCACAGUCACUUGCUCUUCUGUCCCCGCUUAAACUGGCCACCAGUAAUACGGUGACACUCUGAACAACAUAGCCACAUACUUGGUGGUAGAUCUGUUUAUAAGAAUCCGGGCAGAGAACAUUACGUGUGGUCUUCUAAAUUUGUGUAGAGAAGACAACGGCGGUCCAGAACUGGUGACUUGUACAGUUAUUUAUUUUGCUGUACAAUCACUGUGAAUGUGGGUUGUGCUCUUGCACAGCUCUAUAUGUAAGGGUGUUUGGUUGUUCGUGGGUGUAUGUAUGUGUGUGUGCGUGGGUGUAUGUGUUCCCCAACUCCACCAUUAUGUCUUCAUAUCCCUCCCUACUCCUGCCACCUCCAGUCCUCCUCCUUCUUUUCUUCUCCUUCCCGCUACUGAUGCUUUUCCCAGAAACCUCCCUCUGCAAAGCAGUAGCCAGGAAGGAACCAAAAUUGGGAAAUUCUGUCACGCCAAACGAAGCAAACUGCAACGGUUCAUGUGAGGAGGCUCUCCCCAACAACAGCACAAAACAAGCCAGCGGUUUCUCUAAUUCCAGCUCUAGCAACUCCUCUUCAAGAGUAACAGAUGGACUUAACGUGUCAGAGCCCAAUGACCAAACGUCUUUGAAACAAGGAACCAUCCUCUCCCAAGGAGAGGAUGUCAUCUCUCUGCGCAACAAUCACACAGUCUUCAACCAUCCAUCGAAUGGCACUAAAUUACUAGACAAAACACUAAACCAACCACCAAACCCAUCAACAGAAGUAAGGCCCCUCAGUGUUGCUCCACAACCGAUUGACCCCCCAAAAGAAUCUACAACGUCUGUGUCAUCACCCAAACCAGCCACCAAACUAGUUGCUCAUAUUACCCAAACAACUGAAUCUAUAGUGAAACACCUGCUGGACCAAGCCUCCACAUCGCCUUCCCCGAUUCCCAGGUCCAAUUUGUCGACCGAUUCUCUCCAUCUUUCAAAUGGCCCUGACUAUGCAGGUGGUCCUAUUCCAGAAGACGCUAGCAAUAAAUCUAGUACCACCACUGCGACUGUCACUUCUAGGCCAGCCGUACCUGUAGCGCCCACCAACCCUGCUGAAUCGAGCACCAUGCCCACUGCAUUAACACUUAGCCCAACCACAUCAGCCCCAACAGCAGCGCAAGCACAGACAACAACAACCACUACGCCAUCUACCACAACGACAACCAUGACUUCCACAGGGGAGAAGAACCCCCAGCCACCAGCCUCACCAUCUCCUCCUUCAGCCCUAAAACCCAAGACCUCAGUGACUACCGGUGCCCCUGUUGAGUUGUCUACUUCCACUACUUCUACUACUACUUUUACUUCUACUACUACUGCUGCUGCUCGUAGUGAUGUUAGUACCAUCUCGACUGCAAUUAUUUUCCAUCUGGCAGACACUGCUUCUUUACUGGCCGUCUUGCUGUUCGGCCUGCUCUUCUUUGUAGUCACAGUAGCGUUGUUUGUGGUGCAGGCCUUUGAGAGCUACCGCAGGAAGGACUACACACAGGUGGACUACCUGAUCAACGGCAUGUACACUGACUCCGGUGUGUGAGGACGGGGAAUGGGGUGAUGCUACUAGGAGCUGAAGAGGGCUGAGAGAGCUUCAGCAAGGAAGAGCUGGCUAAGGUUUCCUCAGGAACUGGGUUCAUUGUCUUCCUACCCCAGACUUACAAGGCAUAUACAUGAUAUGAGUGCAUUGUGGAUCCCUUUCCAUUUUUCUUUCCCGAAGAUCACACGCAUCGAAUACAUUUGAGAGUUAGCAGCAUUGAUAACAGUAGGGUUUUUGGGGGGUGACCUCUAUGUUACAACAAGGAAGAAGUAACUGAGGGUAAUGGUAAUUAAAUUGUUUUGGACAAGUGCAGACAAUAGUCAAUGUAGUAACUGGUGCCUUGAUACACAGGUUUGGAUUUGGCCUGUGUGAAGGUUUUAAGUGCUGAACCGCAAAAAAGACCUUGCAUACGACACACCAUACAAAUUGUUUAUGUACAAAUUAAUUUUGUUUACAUUGAUUAUACAUUUGCUUCAAUUGUUUUCUAUUUUUAUGGGAUGGAUAUUGAAGGUUGGUGGUGACUUAAACCCUGAUGUAAUCGUUGUUUGGUAGAGGAUACAAUUUGAAAUGUGUCUUUCAACCACACAACCAGCUGCAGAAAAUGUACAUCGUAAAAAUUAUUAAGUAUAAGGAAUUAUUGGCACUUCUGCAAUGAUUCAAGAUAGAAAAAAAAAUAGAGAACUGCAAGUAUUUUUCCGAGAAGGAUGUUUGAGCCUUAAAAGGUAUUGAUGCCAACUGAGGAAAUAGUUAGUUUUUCCGUCUCUCUUGCACACCAGCAGUGUAUGUGUGCGCCUUGUGUUCUUCACACUUCUUUAAGGCCUAUGUCUGGUCUGGAUGGAGACGGGCCAGAGAGGGAUGGACCACCAUGUGGAAGAUUGUGUCGGUUGAUUAAGUUUAAGGGGCUUAUGCAAAUGUAACCUCUCGCCAUUUAUUUUUUGCAUCCGUCUGUUCAUUUCAAAUUGAUUCCCUCCAGAGUCUUCCAUUCUGUCGUUUGGUCUGCUUUUGCUAUUCAAUGUAUCUCCAUAUAUCAGAGUGUAACAUUUGAACCACUUUAUUUUUGAUAAUGCACUAAAGCUAUAUUUACCGGAAUUCAUAAUUAUGUAUUGUGGACAUGUACACCAACAUUUCUGACUGGGUUUUGUAAUUCAUUGAACAUUAAGCAAAGGCUUUUCCUUUAACCAUUUCAAAUAUUGCAUUCCAGCCUGGACUAUGUUUAUAAUAUGCACCAAAGGAAAUUUACAUUAUAGAGCAAGCUUAACUAUUGUUAUUUUCAGGAACUUUGUAAAUGAAUGUAGCUUGUGUAAUGCUGACGAUGUCUCCAGCUCUGACUGAAAUCCCUUUGUUUACAUUUUUCUUUUGUUGUGUAAUUUUACACAUUCAAUAUUCACUUUUUAUUUGCCUUGGGUUAUUGUAUCCAUCAAAAACAGUUCCCAAAACCAGAAAACACAAACCGAAUCAUUAAGUGCGUUUGAUUCUCUCUGAUUCCAAGAUGAAUAAAAUGCCCUUUCAUCUUCUCAUUGAUAUACCGUGCACUUAAGUCUUCCACAUGGGCCAUCGCCAAAGUUUGGCUGAAGCAGAUCAUUGUGGAGCCAGAGGAAUAACAGCCAUCAUUCAUUAGUGUUAUGGAUUCUUGAGUAUUUGUAUGUCUCGCAAUACAGAAAAGUGAGUUUGGUGUCUGAGUGAUUGUCUGUUUCUGAUCAACUGGUGUUUGAUAUUCUGCAUGUACCAUGUAAGAACAUUGAUAUACUGGGGUGAAGGCUGAGUAUGUGUAUGUGAAAGUAUGUUUAUGUGGGUUGUUCAAGUUUAGUUUGCAACUAUUGAUACUGCUCGGAAAAAAAGGUCACUAUAUUUCUGCGUGUGUCAAGUGUGACAAGUUUUCAGACAUUACAAAUCAGGUGUGACUUAUUCUGCCUGUCAUCUGCCAAAAUGUGUAUUUGCUAGGAUUUUGACUUUGUUAAUAUUACUUGGAACUCACAUUCUAAGAUUUGCUCAUGUUCGCAAAUGUAAAUGUCCAAUAUCAUAGAAAUAACACUGGCUCAUGUGUUCACUAUUGAAUUAUGUUUCAAGGCCCAGUUAGAUCCUUGAAGUCCUAAUAUUUCCAUAAAAACUUUGACAUUGUGUUAAUGCACUAUUGAAAGAUGUUUAUUUGCCAAAAAAUAAAUUAUGAGAAUCCUG